AUGAGGAAUCCUUUGUUUUCCAUCUUAUGUUCCUGUCGAGCAUCUGAAAGCAAAUCAAAGAAGAUCAAGCACCCAACGACCAAGGGAAAUGGUAAACCAUCAUUCCCGGAACACCUAUACCGUCGAUUUUCACUCGACGAGAACAGAGCUGCUACCGAUAACUUCGAUUCCAACUUGGUUCUUGGUAAAGGUGGCAGCGGCGUCGUAUACAAAGGCUUUUUCGACGACGGGGCCUCGGUUCUCGCCGUGAAACGCUUGAUGGGAUCGUCGAUACUCGAAGACUUCAGAAAUGAAGUGCAGCUACUUUGCCAGCUGCGACACCAAUAUCUCGUUUCUCUCAUCGGAUUCUCCGAUGCCGGAGACGAGAAGAUCGUAGUGGUCGAUUACAUGACCCAGGGAUCGCUCUUCGAUCAUCUCCACGGAAUUCGCCAAGUAGAUCCCCUCACUUGGAAACAGAGGUUAGAGAUUUGCAUUGGGGCAGCUCGUGGAUUGCAUUAUCUUCAUGCAGGAGCAAAGCGAGCAGUGAUCCACCGUGACAUAAAGUCCAGCAACAUUCUGUUAGACGACAGAAUGGUUUCCAAGAUUGCCGAUUUCGCCUUGUCUAAGAUCGGUCCGUUUAGUUUAUCGAAUGCCCCGAUCAGAGUAGAGUUACCUUCUCCCGAAGACAUGGAUGUGGACACAAGCCGAACGAGGAUCUUUGGUACACUGGGCUAUUUGGCUCCUGAGUUCUUGCAUGAAGCUACGCCUACACUCGUGACAGACAAAUCAGAUGUUUUCUCAUUUGGGGUUGUUUUGUUGGAAGUAAUUUCUGAUAGAAAAGUAAUAAAGUUUGACGUGAUGGACGCUGCUACUCGAUAUAUAAUUCCUUGGGUUAAAGAACAUAUGAAGAAUGGAAGUGUUCAUCAGAUCAUCGACCCAUUUUUGAAAGGGAAAUUAGCUCCGAGAUGCUUAGAGAAAUUCCUGGAGAUUGCUUUGAGUUGCAUCCAUUUUCUGGAGCAUAAACGGCCUGCUCUGGGUGAAGUUGAGGCGGCAUUAGAGCUUGCUUUGGAGCUCCAAAACAGAGCAGACUCCGAAAUGGAGUGCUGCCUCAAUCCCCAUGGAGGAGUUGUGUAUCAAGACGUAGAUUUCCCGGCAUCUGCCUGUGAUUGUGUGGCCGAUGUAUUCUGGCCCCAUGGGAGUUCUGGUCUUGAUAGCUUCAAAGUUAAGGAUUCAUUCAGUUGGGAAACAGAGGAUACGAUUUCAGAAAAUUGA